CACUCUAGUAGUUCUGUGAUAGCACUAGAACUGAGUUGUAUGUGUUGUCUGUUGUUUUGUGCUGGAAUGGUGUACUGCAGUGAAGUGUGGGGAUUAAAGCAUAGAGUUUCUUAAAAUUUAUAGGAAACUCUGUGAAUAAAGAUUGUCGUAUAAGUGUUCUGUGAUGAACCCCUGGGUGAGCUGAAUAGUGGGUGACAUCUGAGUGCCUGAUAUCGGAAUCUGUGGUUGCAUCGACAGAGCACGGCCGAGGUCAAUACCAUGCUGCCCAGAGAAAGGCUGUUGCCCUGGGGAUGGCCACUUCCCGCAGAACGGCGCCCAUAUCCAGAGUCCCACAGACCGCCAGAUGGCAUACUGCCAACUAGGGGAUUGCCACAGGCUGGCAUGCAAUGCAAGCGAAGGUUGGAUGGCGAAGAAGACGAGAGGCCUCGAGUCAAACGGCAACUCACUGCAGCAGAUCAGGAUGAGUGGGCCUCUGUGUCUGCAGCCCUCUGGGCCUACUACCAUCAGCAUCGGCAUACGGAAGACCUGCUGGCACGAAAGCUAGAGCUGCAUGAGCGCCUGCUUGGAAAGCUGCGCACCCUCUUUCCUCAGUGCUGCCUGUACAUUGUGGGAUCCUCACUGACUGGAUUUGGGUCCAAUAGAAGUGAUGCUGAUAUGUGCCUCGUGAUCACCAUGGACCAGGUUGAUCAGAAGCGACAAGCAAAAGCGAUCCUGACACGUGUGGCCCGCCUCUUGACCAAGACAGGCUGGUGCAUGGGAGGGCGACCAGAGGUGAUUCAUGCCAAGGUGCCCAUUGUGCGCUUCCGUGACCGUACCACAGGUGUUGAGGUGGACAUAAACGUGAACAAUGUGGUUGGGUUGCGUAACACACGGCUGCUGCAGUGCUACGCACAGCUGGACUCGCGCACAGCCCCCCUUGUACUAGCUGUGAAGGCGUGGGCCUCUCGACGCCACAUCAACGAGGCCAAGCAUGGGACCCUGUCGAGCUACUCGCUUGCGCUCAUGGUCAUCCAGUACUUGCAGUGUGGUUGUGAGCCAGCCGUUUUGCCUAGUCUUCAAAAGAUGCAGCCGGGCCGGUUCUGCAGUGAUGGGGAUGUGCGGCUGCUGCGCUUGGGUGAGGAUUUGCCGCCUUGGCAGUCUGCCAACACACAGAGCCUCGGCGCACUCUUCAUUGGCUUCCUUGACUACUUUGCCAACCGGUUUGGCUUCUCCCGCAGCUGCGUGUCGGUGCGGCAGGGUGCACCCAUUAGCCGCUUGGAAGCAGUCAGUGCAACUGGCACUGCACGGCGUUCUCAGUGGAAGUACAUCUGCGUUGAAGAGCCCUUUGACCAGUCCAAUACGGCUCGGGCAGUGUACAACUGGGAUAUGUACCAGCUGAUAGUGCGUGCCUUCCACGACACCCUGGAACAAUUGCAGAAAAGCCACAGCCCCGAGUGCCUCCUGCUGCAUUCGUGCUAGUCGACGGAGUCCUGCAAAAGACAUUUGUUCAGUGACUGUGUUUUAAUUUCGUAACACAUAAAAUAAAUUGUGUUAUUUGUUAUCUCA